UUCAAUAUCGUAUUAUUUUAAAGGUAGUUUUGUUUGCAAAAUUUGUCAAGUUAUGCAUUUGAAUCAUGCGAAUACACAUUCUCUUUUUUCGUUUUAGUUGCUUUGGUUGUAGAUGCGCAGAGCAAAUGUAGCUAGCUGGCUAAAGUGCUUUGCCUGUCUUGCAAGAUAAGUUAUUUUUCAUUUACUUACUUUUGCACAUUUUAUUCAAUCACGCAAAAUACUAAGCACCGUGAGAUAGCGUGCACACCUUUGUACAGUUACGGCUGUCGUGGCGAAUUUUUAAAUAGCAUUUUAAGAAUCCAGUGUUAUUUUUUGUGGAUAUCUCUUCAGAGGGGCUGAAGGGCACAAUGAGGCAGCUGAGGAAGCGGAGGCCCACAAGCAGGCGCUGGGCUCUGAGAACCAGCCACAAAACGAGGCCGCGACUCACCGGUGCAGCAAUAGCCCAUCACUCCAGUGCUUCUGCCCUUUCUCCAGCUGAGCCGGACGUCUCGGUAGAUGUCGCGGCAAAUGCGAGGAGGCCCUGGCUUCCGCGACUGGGCGUUGACCUGCUGCUAAAGCUCGUGGGCAGAAUUUGCAGAGGCUGGAGGUUCAGCAUUGUACAGGUGUGUGCCGGCGUGCUGAACAAGCUGCUGUCCUGGCGGGACCAAACGCGGCAGUUGGAGACGCUCCGCGGGCAGGUGGAGGAGCUGCAGAAAGAGAUGGUUUUCCUGCGUGACGCCGUACAGCCAAUCAGAGGGGCUGAUCCAGCCUGCUGCUGUUCCAGGGCGGGGUCCGCUGUGGAUUCUGUUCCCGCUCCCAUUCCGCUUGCCCCGCCCCCUCCUCCUCCUCCUCCACCACCUCCUCUGCCUCCUCUCCCUCUACUACCUCCACCUGAUGCGGCCCCUCGGAGACCUGUCAUCGUUGUCACAAAGAAAGCAUCAUCUGCAUCCUUUCCGAAGGAGAAUGUGCGUCUGUCCACAGUGACUUUGAGGGACCUUCAGAGCGUGAAGCUCCGGAAAGUGACCAAUGCCACCGUUGCAGCCGCCAGAGUGUCCUCGGACAUGAGCCGGGCCCCUCUGAUCACUGUGGCCGACCUGCAAAAAGUGCACCUCCGACGCCCCCACUGCGACUUGGCACUCAAGCCGCGCCUGGGCGUGGGCAUAUUGCCUAAUAAAAGUCCGGGGAAUUUGCGCAAGCAGCUGAAAAAAGUUCAGAUCAACAGGAGCCCAGGGGGAACGCCGCUGACCGACAAAGAGAACCAGGAGUGUGGCACCGGUUUGACCCCCAUCAUGACCCAGGCUCUGCGACGCAAGUUUCAGAUUGCAAUACCCAGAAGCCCUUCUCCAAAACUCAAGAAGAGCUUUGAUGAACAAAACUGAGAUCUGAUGUUUCAUAUUCUCACUCUUGGUUUAUUUCGUAACAAGUUUUAAAAUUAAUCAGAGUGUCUAUAAAAACAAGCUUGCUGCUACCUGCAAUGACGACUUUACAAUGGCUUUAGCAGCAGACAGAAUUUCCACGACCACAUUCACAACUUGGUUCUUUCAUCUUUCUACUGUAAUUCACUAUAAUUUGUUCUGUUUUGUUAGUAAUAUUCUCAUUAUUGCUUCCUGUUAAAUGUGACCAUGUGACCUACCGCAGAGCCACCAGUGAAGAGCAUGUCAUGUCAGCCUCUUACUGUUUACUUCAGCUCUGUGUGGAAAAGGACUCCGCUUACACUCCCUAAACAGCCAAGCGUAAGAUUCGGAUGGACGCUGAAUUCUCACUGUAUUCAUGUUUCAGCAGAAGGGCACAGGGACGAUCGGCCGGAUGAGAGCAGGGCUAGUUGCAGGAUGCUAGCUAAAGUUUGGCGAUUAGCCAAACUGAAACCCUUCAGAAGUGAGCUCAGUGAAAUGUUGUGCACAUGGUUAUUUUUCCUUUAUUUUAAUGGCAAUUUAAUAUUGCAGGUCACUUGUGCACUAGCCUUUGACAGCUGCUUUUCACACAUCAUAAAUGGCAGUCACAAUUGGCAACAAUUACGCUGGCUACUUUGUCAAGAAUGCAUGUUAGCCUUUUAACAAAAAUGUAUGAAAAUACUUGAAUUUGCAUUACUUGUGCACAUUUAACCAAAGUUUUGCCAAUUUGUAAAAUGUUUACAUGUUUAAUGUGCUUAUUUCACGUGUUUUUAAAAAUGUGUAAUUAUUUUGUAAAAUUGAAUGCGUAUUUGUGUACUCUUAAAAAUGUACACCUUUACUUUCUAUUCUGAAAACUUUGUAUUAUGGUUUUUAACUAGUAUUCCUUCCAUCAAAAUGUUUGCAAACAACCAAUUUGUACUAAUUUCCCUUGUAAUCAAAUUAUAAAUAAUCUGACUCAA